GCGAGAGGAAUAAAAACCUAGGGACUUUUUUGCUGCCGAACAACAGUGGCAACCCUAACAUUUAACACUAAUGAGUAGUGAGUUGAGUUCGAGGUUAGGUGAACUUAGGAGCAUCAAAACAAAAUAAUGGGCGACCGCUACAACAUCCACAGCCAGUUGGAGCAUCUCCAAUCGAAAUAUAUCGGAACAGGCCACUCUGAAAUAACGAAAUACGAAUGGCUGCUGAACCAGCAUAGAGACAGUUACGCCAGUUAUUUGGGGCACCACGAUUUGUUAAAUUAUUUUGCGAUUUGUGAGAACGAGGCAAAAGCCCGAGUUAGGUUUAAUCUAAUGGAGAAAAUGCUUCAACCGUGUGGUCCACCUCCAGAUAAACCCGAGGAUUAGAUUAUAGUAAAGUCAAUAAAAAUUUUCAUAUAA